GCACACCUACUGGAACGGGUACCACGACUCAAUCAAGCACGACUUUCACUACUACAACUCACACAGGAAGUCCAACCAACGCUCCAUCACCAACAUCUGGUGCAACAAAUGCUUAUUUGGAUGGAAGCCUUGGUGCUAUGAUUGGAAUUGUAGCCUUUUUGAUGUCUUGGGCUUAA